UCAUGAAUAGGAUUUUUGAUUGUUAAGAAAAUAUUAACAAAAAGUAAACAAAUUCAAUUACAAAAAUGGCAAAAAUAAGCAACAAUAUUAAAAAUGACUGUUUUAUAAAUGGAAUACAAUACACCUGCCGUACUUGUUUUGAUCCGGGACAAUCGGUUUACUCUCUCGCAGAUGAAUGCAGUAACUCAAAAACUUGGGCUGAUUUAUUGAAAGAUAUUGCACAGUUACAGACUAAUGAGGACGAGCAUCUGCCCAGGACUGUGUGUUGCAAAUGUUUGGAUAAACUUAUAAGUUUCUACGAUUUUAUACUUCAGAUACAGAAUGUUAAUAAAAAAUAUUCUGAACUGUUGGCAUUUUGUAAAAAUCCUCAACAGCAGAGUUCCACUGUAAGUGAAAUUGAUAAUUUUACCGAUUGUUUAGCAGAGUCAGCAACUGCUUUGCCAUUGGAACUUUAUAUUCCUGAAAUUAAAUUAGAGGAGGAACAGAUUGUUCCUUAUGAGUUGCAUGGAGAAGGUGAAGAAACCUUAAAAAAUGAAGACGCUCAUGAUCCUUUCACCGAAACAUGUAAAGAUGCUAUCAGUUCAAUGACACUUCAAUUUGAAGAAAUUCAAAGAGACAUAAUGGAACAAAAUUGUAAAAGUUCAGACAAUGAUGACAAAAAUGAAUACAGCUCCUCAUCUUCCGAUGAAGUGGAUUAUGUUCCUCAAAAGAAGAAAAAACAAUGUACAAAGAAGAUUAGAGUUCCUCUUAAAAGGCAAACAGUGGAACAAAAUUUAACGGAUUUGGAUUCAGAAAAUGAAUUAAUAGAAAGAAAAUCUGAUCAAUAUAUAUGUGUUGUAUGCAAUAAAUCGUUUUUAAGUAAAAAAAAUUGUCUGCGCCAUAUAAAAACAGUGCAUCCUCGACAACAAGAAUCUAUAUUCUCCUCCUCCAGCGAAAGUGAUUUUGAGCCAUUAACUAAUCAUGAAACUGAAAGAAAAAAAUCUUCGGAAAGUGAUAAAAUGAUACAAGUAAAAAAUCAUUUUGUUUGCCUGAUAUGUAAAAAAACAUUUACCAUGCAAAAAAAUUGUCGUCGUCAUAUAAUUAUAAAACACUCACAAGACGGUGUAUUUCCAUGUGGAUUAUGUGAACAACAUUUCGUGUGUAAGGACUAUUUGCAAGUACAUCUUAAACGUAUGCAUCCAGGUGAAACUUUAGAUUCAAAUACUAAACAUAUACAAAGGAUAUUUGGAGAUCGUUUAUAUAGUAAACCAGCCGCAUGGUCUCUGGUAGAGUGUAAAUUAUGUGAAACAACAUUUAGUACAACAAAAGAACUACGUCAACACUUGGAAAUUCACUGCACAGAUAUAGAUACUCUAAGUAUUUUAGACUUGAACAGUAACAUUAUCCAACAUUUGUUUACUAAUAUGACAGAUUUAAUUGCCAUAAAAGAGAACAUAUGCAAAGAUUUGCAAGAUAAAAACUGGUUUAAAUAUUACACAGUGUUAAAUGAAAACUUUUAUGAAAUGUCUAUAAGUGACACUGAAGCUGAAGAUUUGGAAAAAGAAACUGAAGGGCAAGAUUUGAAAUACAAGUGUGAAUUGUGUACUGCAGAGUUUUCAUAUAAAUACCAAGUUUUCACCCAUUUGAAAGAAGCCCAUACAGAGGAAGAAAUUCCUUUAAAGUGUCGACGUUGCCAAUUGGAAUUUAUUUCCAUUAAAAUGUAUGAACAACACAAACAAACACAUUGUCGAAACAAACAUAAAGUUUUACGUUGCACCAAUUGUCCGGCAAAGUUUGUUUGGCCGGAUAGUAUAAAAAAGCAUAACUGUGCUUCGAAACUACCAAAAAACACCAUAACUGGCAAUACAGAACUUAUAAAAUGUAAUGUAUGCGAUCUUGAAUUUGAGGAAAAGACUAAAUAUAAGGAGCAUUUAGAAACACACAGCAAUGCCAAGACCUUAACAGCAAAAACCAUAAUACGUUGUGGUCUUUGUGCACUUUACUUUAAAAAGCUACAAGAUUUACGUCAACAUAUGCCCUUGCAUGCCGAUGGCUGCACUGACAUUGACUUUAAAGAUUGUAUUUAUGUGAAAUACUUUGAAAACACGAAAAAAUUUGAUUUAUUGCCACUACAGCUGCGUAUACAAAAUGCCUAUAGUAAAUCUCAAAUAAGUUGUUUUUAUCAGGCCAUUGAUAAGUACGGCAAUGAACUGGAUAUUUCUGAUUCAGAUAGUUUCACGGAGGACGAAGCAGAAAGCAUUAAUUUGAAAAAACAACACACGUGUGAUCUUUGCAAAGAAAUAUUUAAAAGAAGAACACUUUUAUUAAAACAUCAAAAAGAACGGCAUAAUAAUAUGACACUACCCUUCAAAUGUAAGGACUGUAAUGAACAAUAUGUAAGUCUUGAUUUAUUGCAACAACAUUUAAAGAGAAUUUGCUGGAACGAGCACCGACGAAUAGCUCAACAAUGUGGUCAAUGUAAAGAACGUUUUAUUUGGCCAAAUAAUUUACAGAAACACAAAGAAAUACAGAGACACAUGACCAAGAGCGAUGUACAACUUCAUUACUGUCUGCUAUGCCCCAAAACAUUUUUUAGUGUUGAAGAUGUGAAGCUACAUUUAAAUCGCCAUCGGUUAACUGAAUCCGAUCUUAAGACUGUUGAAAGUAUAGUAAAUUCUACAUGGUGGCCAAAUGGUAAGAAAGCCAUUAAAUGCAAAAUAUGUGAUCAAGAUUUUGAAACUAUGGCCAAUUUAAGAGAACAUUUUUCUCCUAACAAUUCUCAAAAUUCCUGUGCCAAUGAGCAUUCAUUGGAAAAUUAUUCGAUUACAAAUCAAAAAGGUUUCGAAUUGCAUUUAGAACUGGAUUCUGAAACAGAAGCUGAAGUUGAACAAGAAGCGCAGGGUGAUGAAACAAUUUUAUAUCCCUAUAAAUGUUCCAUGUGUUCUAAAUCGUUCAAGCGAAAAUAUCAAAUAGCUCAACAUCAACGUUCUAUACAUAAUUAUGAGUUGCUACAGUUGAAAUGUGAACGUUGUAUUUUUAAAACAGUUUCAGAGAAAGUUUUAGAUUGUCAUAAAGCCACGCAAUGUUUCAACGCUGAAAAACGAUACAAAUGCGAGCAUUGUAAUUUUAAAUUCAUGUGGCAAGAGAAUCUCGAUAGUCAUAUUGUCAUAUUUCAUUCUCCAAAAGAUUCAAUAAAAGCAACAAAUGUUACAAUAUCAAAUGAAUUUGUUCCCAUACCCAACAAUGAUUUGGAGUCGGUAUCCCAAAAGGACAAUUCAAACGCUGACAGCAAGCAUUCUACAGCCAAAAAAGAAAGUGACUACAUAUGUACAAUUUGUGGGGCGACUUAUGUAAAUAGCACUGGUCUUAAAGUACACAUAAUGAGGCACAAUGGUGAGAAACCUUUCAAGUGUGACCUUUGCAAAAAGGCCUUCCCACGCAAAGCCGAUCUGCAGGACCAUCAACGUACACACACUGGAGAACGUCGCUUCAAAUGUAACUAUUGCGAGAAACAAUUUUGGCGAAACAGCAAAUUAAAAGAACAUGAACGUGUUCACACCGGCGAACGUCCUUUUCAGUGCACACUUUGUCCGAAAGCAUUUAUAAGGUCGGAAUAUUUGAAGUUACAUUUACGUGGUCACACUGGUGAAAAACCCUUUGCGUGUGACAUUUGCAAUAAACGUUUUGUAUCUCUUGGUUAUCUGAAUAGUCAUCGUACAGCUAUGGGCCACAAUGAGCUAUUUUCAACACCUGGUAUAACUCCUAAUGCAAAUCCAUCUACCGAACCUUCCAGCUCUAAGAAGGACAAAAAAUUAUGUCCCUUUUGUGGGAUUUACUUGUCGUCCAAAACAAGUCUUACGUUACACAUGCGAACGCACACUGGUGAGAAGCCCUUUAAGUGUGAUUUUUGCGAAAUGGGCUUUACGCGUAAAACUGAUUUAACUUAUCACAGACGUACACACACCGGCGAACGUCCCUACAAAUGUUCGCAAUGUGAUAGAGCAUUUACGCAAAGAACAAAGUUAUCUGCACACAUGCGUAUUCAUACCGGCGAACGUCCUUACGAAUGCAAUAUUUGUCAGAAAAAGUUUAGGAAAUCCGAUUUUUUGAGACUUCAUAUGCGUAAUCAUACUGGCGAAAAUCUUCAUCGAUGUGACAUUUGCGGAAAAGCUUUUGUUUUGCGAUGCUAUCUGAAACGGCAUCAAAUUGCAAUGAAACAUCACCCACAAGAAGAUUGUCGCACUUGUUUCGACCCGGGUCAAAUUAUCUAUUCCCUUAGGGAUGAAGCCAAUAACGCGAAAACUUGGCGUGAAUUGUUAAGGGAUAUUGCUCCGCCACAGCCAUAUGACGAGAAUUUACUUCCAAAUACAAUGUGCUGUUUAUGCUCGGAAAAACUUCAAACCACCUAUGAUUUUAUACGACAGAUUCAAAAUGUAAAUGAUAAAUAUUCAAAAUUAUUGGAAGGUUGUAAUGGAGUUUAUAGUUCUACUGAUUGUUUGGAAGAAUCAACAAUUGAUAUGCCAAUGAAAGAGCUUAUGCCGGAAAUUAAACUAGAGGAAGAGUUAAACCCUUACGAUGUAGUUUUAACUAGCACUGAUCAAUUAGAUGAAGUACCAGCUACUAUAUUUAAAAACGAAGAUACCGAUGAUGAGGACGAUGACCCUUUUACGGAAACUUACAAUGAUGAUGCCGCAUCAACAUCUGACUUAUUGGAAACAAGUGAAGUAAAAUCGGAAGACAGUCCAACAAAAGCGAAAGUUAAAGUUAAACAAUCAGAAGAUGAAGAUGAUGAGGAUGAUGACGAUGAUGAAGAAGACGACGAACCACUUUCCAAUCGUAAAGUUCUAACUAGAAAAGCUAAACAACAACCAAAGGAAACUGACAAAAAUACAUUAAACACUGACGGGACACAAAAACUUGAAAAACGUGAAGUCGACGAAUCAUUGCCGUUUGCCUGCGAUUUAUGUACGAAAGCAUAUUCUACCAAGUCUAAAUUAAAAAGACAUCUGCAAAGAGUACAUCCCUCAGAUGAUGCUGCAGGACCUCUCGUUUGCGAAACAUGUUCGAAAACAUUUAUUACGGUUUACAAAUUAAAAAGACAUCAACAGCGGGUGCAUCCAACAAUAUAUAAAACAAAUCCGAGACCAAAAGUUAAUUUGGAUAUAAAAGGACCCGUUGAUUGUGAAUUAUGUGCGAAAACAUAUGAUAAUAUACAAAAAUUUAAAAGGCAUCAAAAACGAAUACAUCCAGAAGAAUAUAAAAAUGAGCCGAUUGUUUGCGAUAAAUGUUCAAAGGAGUUUGAGAAUAUGUACAAGUUCAGAAGACACCACCAAAGAGUACAUCCUAUACCGAAUCAAGAGACACACAAAUGUCCGCUAUGCUCAAAAGAAUUUAAAAAUAAAUUCUAUGUUUCUGAACACAUUAAAGUCGUACACGAAAAAUUAAAACCUUAUAAUUGUUCACACUGUCCUAAAACGUUUGCAUCGGGCCAUUCUAAACGAAUUCAUGAACUUUCACACACUGACAUUUUCCCCUAUGAGUGCGAAUGGUGCGAUAAGCGUUUCCGUCUACCCAGCAAAUUAAAGAUUCACUCUGAAAUACAUACAACCAAACCAGAACUCUUAUGCCCCAUCUGUCACAGAAGCCAAAAGUCUACAAAAGACUUGGAAGAUCAUGUAAAAUCUCAUGACGAUAAUCGUUUACAGUGCCCUUCUUGCGGGCACUUGUUCAGAAGAAGUUCUCAACUUAAAGAUCAUUAUAACGCAGUUCAUUUGAAAUUGCGUCCAUACAAAUGUGAAUUUUGUGAAUUAGGUUUUGGUGACCGUAAAACGCGACGUAUGCACGAAAGAAAAUAUCAUCCGAAAGAGCGUCCGCCACCACCGCCAAAGACAACAAUCUUAAGUGAACAUUUUGAAGAUUGUGAUGAUGACUAUGAUUACGCAAAUGUGUCCAGCAACUUGUCAUUUAGUGAAAGCAAUUACAAUCCAUUGAACGAGAUGGAGAAAAACAACAGCGAAAAUGAUGAAAGACACCAAGAGAGCGAAGAAACUCCAAAGUUCUUAGAUAAUGAUAAAAUCGAGAUCAUCAACCAUGGCUUCCUAUGUCGCAUAUGCCAGAAAACAUUUACCUUACUGAGAAAUUGUCGAAGACAUAUAAAAACUUUACAUCCUCAGCAGAUCUUUUAUAUUUGCUCAUUCUGCGGACAAAAUUUAAAGUAUGAAGACAAAUUAAAAAAGCAUAUUUUACGUUCACAUUAUGGCGAUAACUAUAAAAAGACCUAUUUUCCUUGCAAAUUAUGUGGACAAUAUUACAUGAGUGAAGAAAAUUUAAAAAAACAUAUUGCACGCUUGCACUCUGUCAAACACAUUAAAUCGACAUGGUCAACUAUUAAAAAUGUAGAACACAUAUUUGCCAAACGUUUAUACAGCAGGCCGACCGCUAGACAUCAUGUGGAAUGUAAAUUGUGUGCUGAAACAUUUGAAACAAGUAAAGAUCUACGACACCACUUGCAAAGUCACAGCGAUAUAGACACUCUUAAUAAAUUGGAAUUAAGCGAUAGUAUUGUCCAGCAUUUCUUUCCAAAUAUGAAUGAUUUGAACGAUAUUAAACAAACAAUAUGUAAUGAUAUUCGUAAGAAAGAUUGGUUUAAAUAUUACACAGUGCUAAAUGAACAUUUUUAUGAAAUGUCCCUGAGUGACACUGAAGUAGAGGAUCUAGAGGAAGAACAACAAAUUGCAGAGCGAGCCGGUAAAUACAAGUGUUCUAUGUGUGCUUCAUGUGAUUUUUCGUACAAAUACGAAGUGUUCCAGCAUUUGAAAAACGUUCAUUACAAGAAUGAAAUUGCUUUGAAAUGUGAUAAGUGUAAUUUGCCAUUCAUUUCCAUCAAAAUGUUUACACAACACACACAAACUCAUUGCCAUAACAAAUAUAAAGAUUUACUCUGUGCCCGUUGUCCAGCCAAAUUUGUUUGGCCUGAAAAUAUAAAAAAUCACAACUGCUGUGUCAACAGUAAUAGGAAACUGCCUGUUCAAAGAUUUACAAAACCUAUAAUACGUUGUAGUCUUUGUCCUGAAUCCUUUAAGAAACUUCCACAUUUACGCGAACACAUGCCUUUGCAUGCCGAUGGAAAAACUGGUAUUGAUUUCGAAAACUGUAUUUAUGUAAAAAAUUUCUACUCAUCGAUAACGAUUGAUAAAGUGUUGCUGGAGCAAGAGAUACGAAAUGCCUACACUAAAUCUCAAAUUAGUUGUUUUUAUCAAAUUAUAGAUAAGUAUGGCAAUGAACUAGAUAUGUCCGAUUCAGAUUCAGAUACUAAUACGGAAGGAAAGGAAUACAUGUGUGACCUAUGCAAAGAAAUGUUUGAAAGACGACAGCUUUUAUUAAAACAUCAAAUUGAACGACACAAUGAUCUGGUGCUACCAUUUGUGUGUAAGGACUGCAAUCAGCAAUUUGUUAGUCAUGAUUUAUUGCAGAAACAUUUAAAAAGGGUUUGCUGGAAUGAACACCGACGCAUGGCUCAACAAUGUGAGCAUUGUAAUAAUCGGUUUAUAUGGCCAAACAAUCUGCAGAUACAUAGAGAAAUACAGCAUUCUACGGACCAAGUGGCCAAAAAAAAAUCUGACACAAAUGAACUUCAUUAUUGUCUAUUGUGUCCGCAAACAUUUAAGAGUAUUGAUGACCUGCACGAUCAUUUAAGCGACCAUCAUUUAACACCAGUUGAUGUCAAGACAGCUGAAAGCAUAUUACAUUCCACGUGGUGGCCAAACGGUGAAAAAAGAAUAAUAUGUAAAAAAUGUGGUCUGUUAUUUCCCUCUAUGGUGAGUUUAAGAGAGCAUUUUUCUCCUGUGAAUCCCAAUAAUUUAUGUGGAAAUCAACAUCUACUGGCAAACUAUUCAAUUACCAAUCAAAAAGGAUUCGAGUUGCACCUGAAUCUGGAUUCUGAAACAGACGAAGAAGAUGACUUGGAGGUAACGCAUAGAAAAAUGCCAACACCCUAUAAAUGUUGCAUUUGCAACAAAACAAUCGGCAGUCAGUCGGAGUCGGUAACUAACAAUUGUUUACAAUCAACGUCGAACGACAACAAAUCUUCUCAGUGUGAUCAAUGCGAAAUGGUAUUUCAACGAAAUUCCGACUUGCAAGAACAUUUGCACUCGCAUAGUGCAGAAAAUCCGUACAAAUGUACAUUUUGCAAGGAAUCAUUUAAGCACAGAGAAGUUUUAACUAUUCACAUCAGAAGUCACGCGACCCAACGUCGUUUCCAGUGCGAUUUUGAGGAUUGUACGGAAGAAUUUCCGAGCUCGCUUGAUUUAGAACUGCAUACUCAAAUUCAUACGAGAGAAAAACCCACACCAAGUGCAAAUGGAAAAUGGAAAUGUCCCUACUGUGGUAUAUUCUUAGCGUCAAAUGGAGGUCUUACAAUACACGUAAGACUUCACACCGGAGAAAGACCAUACAAGUGCGAUUUUUGUGAAAAGGGCUUUACUCGUAGAAGUGAUUUAACUGAACAUAUACGCAAACACACUGACGAGCGUCCCUACAAAUGCACGCAUUGCGAUAAAGCCUUUUCGAAAAGGCAACGUUUAAAUGAACACAAUCUCGUUCAUACGGGCGAACGUCCUCACAUGUGCCCCUUUUGUAAGAAAUCCUUUCGAAAACGAAACUAUUACAAUUUACAUUUACGUAUGCAUACAGGCGUUAAACCGCACAAGUGUGGAGUUUGUGAUCAAGCAUUUACAUGUGGCGCAUAUCUGAAAAAACACCAUUUACAAAUAAAUUGUAUAAAGAAGUGUAAAAUGUCAGGAGAUAAUAAAAAAGAAUGUUUGAUAAAUGGAAUUAGCUACAAAUGUCGAACUUGCUUUGAUCCGGGACGUACAGUAUACUCACUCUUAGACGAUGCUUUCAAUGCAAAAUCUUGGCGAGAUUUGUUAAGGGAUAUUGGUCAGACAGAGACAAAUGAGGAAGAUUUCCUUCCAAAAUUUAUUUGCUGCAAAUGCUCGGGAAAGCUUAAAAGUUCCUAUGAAUUUACUCUUCAGAUUCAUAAUGUAAAUAAAAAAUACUCUCAAUUAUUAUCUAGUCGUAAUGAUCCACUCCAUGAGAUUGAUCAUUUUAAUGACUGUUUGGCAGAAUCAACUAUUGAUUUGCCAUUGGAUCCAUAUAUGCCGGAAGUUAAGCUAGAGGAAGAUUUUGUUGAUCCAUAUAAUACAAGUUUAGGAAACAAAUUAUCAGACAGUGAAGGAAAAUUUGAAAUUGAAGGCGCUCAUGACUCCCUGAAGGAAACUGAGGAAUUCAGCUUGACUUCAGAGUAUUUAAAAGAAGAUAAAAGGCAACAAAGUGGAGACGAUGAGUACAACGACAAUGGUGAUAGAAAUGGAACCAGCUCGUCUUCAUCUGACGAAAGUGAUUAUGUGCCUUUAAAAAAAUUUAAAAAGGAAAAAACCAAUAACUGCCGCACUUCCAGUGAACCGACCAAACAAAGAAAAGGUCGAAAAGCCCCAGAGUAUUAUGAUAAAAUCGAAAAAGUCAAUGAUCGUUUCGUAUGCUUCAUUUGUCAAAAAACUUUUUCUUUGCGAAAAGAUUGUGGCCGACAUAUAGCUUCUAUACACUUGCGACAAAUAAUGUUUCCUUGUGAAUUUUGCGGACAAAGUUUUAGUCGCAAGGAUAAAAUACAACAUCACAUUAAGCGCAUGCAUAUGGACGGAGUGGUGUAUCCGACUAAACAUAAAGAAUGGUUAUUUGGUGAUCGCUUAUAUAGCAAACCUAUUGAUUGGCAUCUCGUUGAGUGUAAGUUGUGUAACGUCACAUUCAAAACAACUAAAGAACUUCGACAGCAUUUAGAAAACCAUAGUGAUAUAGAUACUCUUCAUAGCUUAGAAUUAAGCGAUAAGACUGUCCAACAUUUAUUUCCAAAUAUGAUUGAUUUAGGAACCGUAAAGGAAACCAUAUGUAAAGACAUUCGAGAAAAACAUUGGUUCAAGUAUUACACGGUGUUGAAUGAGCAUUCCUAUGAAAUGUCAGUUAGUGACACAGAACUGGAAGAUUUGAAUGAUGCUGCAGAAAAUCGUGCCACUAAAUACAAGUGCGAUUUAUGCUCUAAGGAGUUUUUAUUUAAAUACGAGGUUUUCUCUCAUUUAAAAGAAAUGCACGGCAACGAUGAAAUUCCUUUAAAAUGUGGGUUAUGUAAAUUAGAGUUUAUUUCAAUAAAAAUGUAUGAACAACAUUGUCAAACCCACUGCCGCAAUAGAAAUAAGGUUUUGCUUUGUGCUCAAUGCCCGGCCAAAUUUAUUUGGCCUGAAAAUAUGAAAAAUCACAAUUGUGCCAUGAAAGCACUAGCUACCCCACCGGUUGCCACAAAAGACUUACUAGUAUGUAAUAUUUGUGAUCGUAAAUAUGAAGUUAGGUCUAAAUACGAGAAGCAUUUAGAAACACAUAAAGACGGCAGGAUGGUAUCCGCUAAAACCAUUAUUCGUUGCGGUCUUUGUGCACAUACCUUCGUUAAGUUACGACAUUUGCGUAGGCACAUGCCUUUGCAUGCCGAUGGCAAAACUGGUAUUGAUUUUAAAGGUAGUAUUUAUAUCAAACGUUUUGAACGUUCGAAGUCGAUUGAUUAUGCACUACUUCAGCAAGAGAUACAAAAUGCCUACAGCAAGUCUCAAAUUAGUCGUUUCUACCGAGCGAUCGAUAAGGACGGGAAUGAAUUGGACAUUUUAGAUUCGGACAGUGAUACGGAAGAGUCAGAUGUUGAAAAUGUUAAAAAAGAAUAUACAUGUGAACUUUGUAAAGAAAUAUUUAAGAAACGAAAACGUCUGCUUAAGCAUCAACACGAACUCCACAAUGAUGUGCCAUUGCCCUUUACUUGUAAGGAUUGUACGCAGCAAUAUGUUAGUAAUGAUUUGUUACAACAACAUUUAAUGAGGGAUUGCUGGAAUGAACAUCGUCGAAUCGCUCAACAAUGUGAUUAUUGUAAUGCCCGUUUCAUUUGGCCCAAUAAUCUGUUGAAGCAUAGAGAAAUUCAGCAUAAAAAUCAAAAACAACCAAAACCUCAAAGAGCCAGCACUCUCAAAUGUGAGUAUUGUGAUAAAGCAUUUAUAUGGCCUAAGGAUUUAGUACGCCACAGAAAGACUCACACCGAUGGAAAGAAAUUUACCUGUCCUCACUGCGAUCGCAAAUUUCAUCGCAAAGACAAUUUGCUGGCUCACAUAAGAAUUCAUUGUCCGGAAGGUAUUCCCACUAUCGCAAAUCCAGGAAAGGGUAUCAACUAUAUAUUGCCUCAUUUGAUGAAACCUCAUGGUUGUAAACGCAUCAAGUGUAUGAUCUGCUUCUCCGAACACAACCGUAUACGAGAUCUAAGAUCGCACAUACGAACACAUCGAUAUUCGGUUAAUUUUGAUAAAAGGAAAGAAACUGAAACAUUUGAUGUUAUAUCAUCUCAGCUCUACCCCGAUGUAGCUGAGACGUUGACAGAAGAGGAACUAGUGAAGCGAAUUGGUUUAGAUAUUGCGUCAGAAAACAACUUGGAACGUUUUUACUCUAUAACAAGCGAAAACGGUUGUGAAGUAAGUUUGGAUAGCUCUGAAACGGAAAGCGAUUCUGAUGGUGAGGAAAACGAAGAAGAGGAUGAGAAGCCAAAACGUAUUUAUAAAUGUGACUUGUGUCCUCAAUUGAGUUUUAAUCGUAAAUAUAAAAUUUUCGAGCAUCAAAACAAAGAACACAAGUGGGAAGAGGCCCGCCAUAUUUGUGGACAUUGUAAUGGGAGAUUUCUUUCAUCAUAUAUGCUGCAAUUACACUAUAAAAAUCAAUGUAAAAAUUCCAAAAAACGUCACUUUUGUCGACGUUGUCCCUUGCGUUUCAUGUGGAAGAGUAAUAUGAAGGCUCAUAUUAUAAUGGAGCAUGGACAAGAGAUUGAUUUAAAUCGCCGACAUGAAUGUUUUCUGUGCCAUGAAAAGUUCUCUAUUCAAAAAGAACUCAAACGCCAUUUGAUUGCACAACAUUCUGCAGAUGCCGCAGUUCAUUAUUGUCUUCUGUGCCCGAAAACAUUCUUUAGUAUUGAACAUCUCAAUGAACAUUUGAGCCGUCAUCGUUUGACUACUUCCGAUGUUAAGUCUGUUGAAAGUAUAAUACAUUCCACUUGUUGGCCAAAUGGUGAAAAAACAAUUAAAUGUAAAAUAUGUGGCCUAAUAUUUGAAAAUAUGACCAGCUUACGAGAACAUUUUUCACCUAUAAAUCCCCAAAAUGUAUGUGCCACAGAACAUUCUCUGUCAAAUUACUCCAUUACAAAUCAAAAGGGAUUCGAAUUGCACUUAGAACUGGAUUCUGAAACUGAAGUAGAGGAUGAAGUAGAAGUGGGCCACAGUAAAGACACUAAGAACACAGUAUACCCCUAUAAUUGUUGCAUGUGCAGUAUGUCGUUUAAACGAAAAUAUCAAAUAGCUCAACAUCAACGUUCUAUGCACAAUUAUGAGCUACUGGAAUUAAAAUGUGAACAUUGUAUUUUUAGAACAGUUUCUCAGAAAGUAUUAGAAUAUCAUCAGGCCACGCAAUGUUUUAACGCAGAUAAACAGUAUGUAUGUGAGCAGUGUAAUUUCAAAUUCAUGUGGCAAGAAAAUCUUGAAAACCAUAUUACCAUAUUUCAUACUCCUUAUGAUUUGAGCGAACCACCGGAGACUGCUAAGAUGGUAACAUCCACAGAGCCCAUACCAACCAACAACAAAAGUGAUAAAAAUAUAUUCGAAUGUAUGGACUGCCACCGAAGGUACAAUCGAAAAGAUCGUUAUAAGGCACAUUUCAAGAAAUUUCACAACGAUUUGCCUCACACCUCUGCCACUAUUUCAAAGUCAAAAGUUCGCAAACAUUCUACAGAAAAAUCGGAAAAGAAAUUUUUAUGUGCCUUUUGUGGCCUUUCAUUUUCUAACAAUUCAAAUCUCACAGUGCACAUGAGAAGACACACAGGUGAAAAGCCAUUCAAAUGUGAUCUUUGUGAAAUGGCCUUUCCACGUACAUCGGAUUUACAGGCUCAUAAACGGACACAUACAGGAGAACGUCCCUUCAAAUGUUUAUUUUGCGAUAAAUCAUUUUCACGACAAUAUAAAUUGACUGUUCACAACCGCAUUCAUACGGGCGAACGUCCCUACGAGUGUACGUUUUGCCAGAAAACAUUUAUUCAAUCGAACGACUUAACUCUACAUUUGCGUCGCCACACGGGCGAAAGGCCCUAUAUGUGCGACAUUUGCGGUGAAGGGUUUAUAUGCGCUACAUCGCUGAAGCAGCAUCGCAACUCAAAAGGUCAUCAGGAAAAUAAAAUUGACUUGAAAAUGUGCGUUCAACAAAUGACACAAUUCGAUAUGAAGUUUUAAGUAAUUCAGGAAUUGGACAUACAUUCUAUAUAUUUUACUCGAAAUAGAUUAUAAUUAUUUUUUAAGUUGUAUUUAUUAUAAGGGUAUUAUUAUUUGUACUUGAGUAGAACACAUCACAAGAUUUUAAUGUAUGUAUUUAGAAAAUAUAAAGAGUAUGAAUGUAGUGUUUUAUAAAUACAUCAUUUUAUUCGCAAAGCAA